AUGAGCUCCCCCGGCACCGAGGGCGCGGGGAAGAGCCUGCAGUAUCGCGUGGACCACCUGCUGAGCGCCGUGGAGAGCGAGUUGCAGGCGGGCAGCGAGAAGGGCGACCCCACGGAGCGCGAGCUGCGCGUGGGCCUGGAGGAGAGCGAGCUGUGGCUGCGCUUCAAGGAGCUCACCAACGAGAUGAUCGUGACCAAGAACGGCAGGAGGAUGUUCCCGGUGCUGAAGGUGAACGUGUCCGGCCUGGACCCCAACGCCAUGUACUCCUUCCUGCUGGACUUUGUGGCGGCCGACAACCACCGCUGGAAGUACGUGAACGGGGAGUGGGUGCCAGGGGGCAAGCCUGAGCCGCAGGCGCCCAGCUGCGUCUACAUCCAUCCCGACUCGCCCAACUUCGGGGCGCACUGGAUGAAGGCGCCGGUCUCCUUCAGCAAAGUCAAGCUCACCAACAAGCUCAAUGGAGGGGGCCAGAUCAUGUUGAACUCCUUACAUAAGUAUGAGCCUCGAAUCCACAUCGUGAGAGUUGGGGGUCCGCAGCGCAUGAUCGCCAGCCACUGCUUCCCGGAGACCCAGUUCAUAGCGGUGACCGCUUAUCAGAACGAAGAGAUCACAGCUCUUAAAAUUAAAUACAAUCCAUUUGCAAAAGCUUUCCUUGAUGCAAAGGAAAGAAGCGAUCACAAGGACAUGAUGGAAGAACCUGGAGACAGCCAGCAAUCUGGGCACUCCCCAUCAGGGGGGUGGUUGAUUCCUGGAACCAGCACCCUGUGUCCACCUGCCACCCCUCACCCUCAGUUUGGAGGCCCCCUCUCUCUUCCCUCCACGCACGGCUGUGAAAGGUACCCGGCCCUGAGGAACCACCGCCCAGCCCCCUACCCCAGCCCUUACGCGCAUCGGAACAAUUCUCCAACCUAUUCUGACAAUACAUCUACAUGUUUGUCCAUGCUCCCACCCCACGACAAUUGGUCCAGCCUUGGAAUGCCUGCCCACACCAGCAUGCUCCCCAUGAGUCCGAAUACUGGUCCUCCUACAGGCUCUAGUCAGUACCCCAGCCUGUGGUCCGUGAGCAACGGCACCAUCACCCCCGGUGCCCAGACGGCAGGGAUGUCCAACGGGCUGGGAGCCCAGUUCUUUCGAGGCUCUUCUACCCACUCUGCCUCUCUCGCCCACCCAGUCUCGGCUCCCUCCUCCUCGGGAUCCCCACUGUACGAUGGGGCCUCCACGGCCACAGAUAUUGCUGACAGCCAGUACGAUGCCUCCGCCCAAGCCCGCCUCCUAGCCUCGUGGACGCCCGUGUCACCUCCGUCCAUGUGA